AUCGCGCACCCAUUGAAAUCAUGUGGUACGCUCCAUAGCUCUCUGUUGCCCCGGAAGAAAGCAGUUCGCUUUACCACUUGGAAAGUGAUCAGCUCGCGAGGUUGCAACCGUGAAAGUUCAUGAUCUACUCGCAUAAAAGAAACACAACUCUUGGAAUCCAAGGAUAGUACACAGUGUCCGUACUGGCUGAGGAGACAGACCUACAGACGGUAUCACAGACACUGGACAGAUUUCCCAGCUAGUUAACCCGUGUGGAAACUCUGUGAUGCCUGUGAAGAAAAAGAGGAAGUCUUCAGGGUCAGAUGACCCGGGACUCAGGAAGUGUAAAAUCACCUGUUUCUGCAGACCUCAGGCUCCAGGCCGGUUGAUCAGCCCAGAGGACCAGUUCUCCAAUAAGAAAUGUCUGGCCUGGUUCUACGAGUACACAGGUCCAGAUGAGGUGUUGGGUCCAGAGGGGAUGGAGAAGUUCUGUGAAGACAUUGGAGUGGAACCAGAAAAUAUAAUUAUGUUAGUUAUUGCCUGGAAACUAGAAGCUCCAAAUAUGGGAUUUUUCACUAAGGAGGAGUGGCUUAAGGGAAUGACUUUACUACAGUGUGACUGCAUAGAGAGGUUACAGGGGAAACUGGACUACCUUCGCAAUCAUCUCAACGACACAAUCAUCUUUAAAAACAUCUACAGAUACGCCUUUGACUUUGCCAGGGAUAAGGAUCAGAGGAGUCUGGACAUGGACACAGCUAAGUCCAUGCUAGGGUUGCUUCUGGGGAGAACAUGGCCACUCUUCCCUGUCUUCAACCAGUUUCUGGAGCAGUCCAAGUACAAGGUGAUGAAUAAGGACCAGUGGUAUAACGUCUUAGAGUUCAGUCGUACAGUCAGCACAGACCUCAGUAACUAUGACGAGGAUGGAGCCUGGCCGGUGUUAUUGGAUGAGUUUGUGGAGUGGCAGAAAGCUCGGCUGGCAGCGUUAUAGCUGAGGACACACUCGCCAAACCGCAGAAGAGGAGAAAGAGAGAAGCUCACAUGAAGAUGUUCUCCCUCCGUUUGAAAUAUACAGAAACGGCACACACACUAUAGAGAGAUGGCACACACACACCUUCCAUGGACUGUGCACACACACACCCAUACGGUGUCACGGCGUGCAGAUACACUUCCAGUGACGGCCUCUGCUUAGUGGGCCAAACAGUGAAGUCCUCUCUCUCUGAAGAUAGUUUGUCAGUGUUAAUUUAAGCAAGUUCAACAAGGAGAAAACAAACAAAAAACGAAAGGGGGAACUAUUUUUCAUAUAUAUUGCAUCUGUGGCCACAGUUCUCUAGCCAUUGUUGUGAAGCUCGACUGGGGAAUUUUUUGGUUUCCUUGAACAUUUUUUCCCUUCAUUUUUGAGUCUUACCUUGUUUAUAGUAUGUUUUCAGAACAAGAAUAAAGAAUGGAAUUCAACCAAA